AUUCAUUGCCCUGACAAGUGAAACGGCGGAAAUCCAAUCCAACCAACAAAUUCACUAAAAGAAAAACCGCCAUGGUGUAGUAAAUGUUUAUGUUUUUGAUUACUUUUAACGUGUACCUAUACUUUUGUUUUAUGUAAUAUUGGAAAAUACAAUGGUCGACGGUAAUAUUUCUAUGGAGGAGGACACUGAAUUGCGAGAUUUGGUUGUUCAGACUCUUGAGAACAAUGGAGUACUUGCAAAAGUUCGAGCUGAGCUACGAGCAAGUGUGUUUUUGGCUCUUGAAGAACAGGAGUCUGUUAUGAUUCCUGAACCUCUACUUAACAAAACUGUAAAACAGUACCUGCAAAGUUCCGAAGGAAAAUUAUUAUUUUCUUUGGUCAGAGAAUUUCUUGAGUAUUUUGGAUUAGAUUACACUAUAUCUGUAUACGAUCCAGAAACUUAUUUUGGAAAAGAGUAUAAUUAUGUAGGAAGAAAAAAAUUAUGCGAAGAGUUGGGCAUAAGCUCCACUGAACCAUUGCUUGGAGAAAUAUUAAAAAAUAAUAUCAAUGGUGCCUUUAUAACUUCACAAAAGAAUGACAGUAAUGGAUUAGACGAAUUAGAUGUAACUCCAACUCGUUUAAAUAAUGCAACAUUUGAAGUUAGUAUUCCAAAAUUAUUAAAAAAUAGUUCCUCGCUCGAAUGCAACGAUACGAACAUAUCGGAAAAAGUUGAAAAUAAUUUAUCACAAUUUCCAUUAAAUGUGACAAUAACAGAUAAGAAAAAGAGUGAAAAAAAUUCCAAUACCAUACGAGGUAGUAGCCUAAGCAGUAACAUUUCCAAUACCGAAAGCAUAAAUGCACUUGAAACAUCAGCAUACAACGAAAUUGACAGUGAGGAGAAUUGUAAAUUAUUAACUAAAACCUCAGUGAGUGAGAAAAAGAAAGCGGACGCCUCGGAAAAAUUAUUACACGAGGAUAGACAAAAGUUAGAUGAAAUUAAUUUCACGGAAGAAAUGAAAAUCAGUAAGGAACCUUCAUUAAAAGAGGUGCAAACAAUUCAAACUGAUAAUACCUCUAAACAAGAAACUUUAAGUGUAAUAGAAAAUAAUGUACAAAAUAAAAAGAAAAUCCUUAUAGAAAAACCUUUUGAGAAAAGUGUAUAUUUUGACGAAAUAAUUAUUGAUGGCAGAGUUGAAAAGGUUGAUGUGUUACUAAAUAAAUCCGACUCUUUAUUAGGGGAAUUACCGCCACUAAUUUCUCAAUCGAAUUCUAUAUUUAGCGAUCUACCGCCAUUAAAUUGUAAAAAGACUAAUAUCAGUGAUUUGAAGCAGUUAAUGCAAAUUGCAACUGAUGUGGCUGAUAAUUAUGAUGAAGAUUUUAUAUCAUCUGCUUCUGGAAGUGCUAAUGAACAGAGCCCUUCUAAAGAGCCAAGUAAAUCUAACUUGUCUUUAAAAUCACCAAGUAAAGGAGAAGACACUCUUUAUAAUGAAGAAGUUCUGAAGAGCGAUGAUAUAAGUGAAGAGAUUGAAGAAAUAAUUAGUGGGAAGUCAUUUCUUGACGAUGUGCUUGAUAAAAAGGUGACAAAAUUCUCAAUGAACGUUGCUGCUGAUUACAUUGAAGAGAUAUAAUUUUCGUUUCAACUUGAAAGACGAUUUUUCAAUUAUGUUUAAAAUAAAUGAUGUUUCAUACCCUAAAGAUAUAUAAUUUUUGUAUAAUAUAUUUUUCUCGCGAUUUAAUAUUUUUCAAAUUGUCCAAUCUUUAGAGUCAUUAAAAUAUUAUAAUAAACAAUGCUUCAAAAAUCAAUGCAGAGAUAAUUUUUUAGAAUUUGAAGUAAUUUUUUAAAAGUAUUUCGUUAACGGGACAUAGUCCCAUUUAAAAAUAUUCUACAUAAAAUAUAAAAAAAAAAAUCUUUUUAUCAUUUAUGAAACGUUUGUUUUGAAAGAAAGUUUGUGUAAAUACAGUAAAAGCAAUUUCAUUUUUUUGUAAAUGUUGUUGACAAUUUUUACUUUAUUUUUCUAUUAUAAUUUCAUGCUCAUUGUACAUUAAAGUAAUUUCAUUUAUUUUUUAAAUAAUAAUACAUUUUGUGGUGAAAUUGUUCGUCUUUUUUUUGAGAUACACAUUUUUAGUGUAAUGUUAUUUAUUGUAGAUAGAACGUUUCUCAAUUAUGUAUUUUUUCUGAAUUUUAUAAAUUUACACUGUAAAAAAUCCGUCUAAAAUUUGCAUGUAAAUGUGUAAAAUGUUACUAGGAGAGAAGUAUGAGUUUAAAAAUUUAUCAGUUCAUAUUUCAUUAAUUUUGAAUGAAAUAUAUAAUUUUUGCAGGAGCUGCGCUAUAUUUAGCUCUUAUAAAGUUAAUAUUUGCUAUUGACACUUGAAAAAGAAUUUUUUACAGUGUAUAACUUAAAAUGAUUGUAAAUUGUUUAUAAAUCAUGGAAGAAAAUGUAAUAACGAUAUCGAUAAUUUUUUUGUCUUCUUUUAUAUUAAUGUCAAUUAGUUGAGGUUGAAUGUUUGUUUAAUUGUAAUAUAUGAGUUGAAAGUUUUCUUAAGUCUCAAGACAUUUACCAUUAAGCAAACUUAAUCAAACGUAAGGCCUUGAUUCAGAAAAAUGUUACUACAAAACUACAGCUCAAGAAUGUCGCAUUGCAGGAAAACGUAGAAGGAAGAAAAUAACAGUGGAUUGAAAUAUGUGUAUUUUGCUAGUGAUUAGCAAUUUUCUAUUUUCUAUAAAUGCCAAAUGGAAAAUAUUUUUCUACUUUCUGUAGCAUAAGCGUAAAUGAUAUGUAAAUAAUCAAUAUUAUGUAAAAAAAACAUAAAAACAAAAAAACAAAAACACAAAGAAACAGUAACGGGUAAAAUAUAAAUUUCCCCUGUCUCUUUAAAGAUUAUAAUCAGAUUUUAAAAUUUGUUUAUUCUGGUGUUGUAUGUAAAUUCAUACAAAAAGGUUGUAAACUAAAUUUCCUUUUACGCUCUUCUGCAUAAGCGUCUGGUACAAUUAUUCCUAUAGUAAUAUAAUUCUUAUAUUAUUGUAAUUUUAACUUACAUACAAUAUAAGUGUAUUUCUUUUAUCUGCAGUUAAGGUAUAUUUUAAGAUAUAUUCUGAAACGUAGCUUUAAGUAUAACGAGUUGAUGAAAGAAAAAACUUACGUAUUAUAAGUUUUUAAAUAUUUUAUGCUUUUUUUUAUAAAGAAUCAUUCUGAUUUCAAUGAGUGUGUUUACACCACAUGACGUAAAGUUCUUAAAGUAAAAGUCUAUCUUCUUAUGAGUUAAGGCUGCCUUUAAGAAAUUUUGCAAAUAUUAAAAAAUGAAGAUUAGUACAACUCUGAAUUGUAAUGUUCAAUUAAAUGUAAAGCCCAUUUUUAGAAAAGUUUAAAGAAUCAUGAAACAAAAAAAUUUAAAAGAUUAAUUAUAAAAGAAUUGUAAUAAAUAGAUUUUACAUGCAAACUAAAUUUUAAAUAAUAUUUCUUGUGAACCAAGUGUAAUUAAAUAAUUAAAAUGAAAAAAUUGUGUCGUAAUAACAUUAUCACAAUGAAUACUAUUGUGUUAAUUCUUUGUAAUAAAAUCUUUGUUAAUUAAAUUUUUUAAAUAAUGUAAGAUUAAUAUUUUAUAAUUUAUUUUUUAAAAUCUAAUUAUCAACUAUCAAGACUAGUAUAGAUAUAUUUCCUAGGUGAAAAUAAUUUCUACGAUUUGAUUUUCUUUCGGAAUUUUGUUCAGAAUUUUUGCGAAUCGCACGAAAUAUCUAUCAAAUUUUUUGUGACUUUUUGAAACGUUUUUUCGUACGAAUUAUAAAUGAAAUUUUUUUUUCCAGAUUUUACGCAAUUUAAUAGACGUAACGUGUGAAAUGCGUACGAAUUCUGAAUAAAAUUUAGAAUGGAAAUCGUACGAAUUUUUCUCACCUGGGUUGGCUUCGUAUUUUUAACAGUUGUAGGAAAAAAAUGUAAAACAAAGAUUGUAUUUGAUGCUAAACAGUGGUAAAAUUUUUAAUUAAAUAAAUUCUUUUUCCGUCCAAAAAA